UCAAACUGCGACUGACAUAGAUAGAUCUAGAUUCUAAUCUAUAGGUCUAUAGAAUUAUAUUUAUAGAUCUAGAUCUAGACUAGAGCUCUAGAAUUGAUCUAUAUUUAGCUACACUGGAGUUGAGUUUGAAAACAAAAAUGGCGGAUGUCAACGAGUUGUCGUUGAACAUAAAUCGAAAAACCGAUAUUUUAAAUCGAGAAACAGAUACACUAUCCUCUAACAAUACUGGACCAACAAUUGAGGAAGAGUCAACUGAAGAUGACCAGGAUAGGGCGCAGAAAGAGCAGGAAGAAAAAUUAAGAAAAGAAACGGAACUGGGCAAGUAUUGGAAAACUGUUGAUGACAAUCCUAUGGAUUUUACUGGCUGGACUUACUUGUUGCAGUAUGUGGAACAAGAGAGUGAUCCAGCAGACUGCCGUAGGGCUUAUGAAGCAUUUUUUUCUCACUACCCUUAUUGCUAUGGUUACUGGAAGAAGUAUAGUGACAUGGAAAAGAAACAUGGCAACCCAGAAAAAGCCAAAGAAGUUUUUGAGAAAGGUCUGCGAGGUAUUCCACUAAGUGUAGAGCUGUGGCUCCAUUACAUCAACUUUUUUAUCACAGAGUUUUCUUCUGACAACAAUUCUAAGGACAGAAUUAAAAAACUCUAUGAAAGAGCCUUAUCAGCAGCUGGUCUAGAGUUUCGGUCUGAUAAGCUUUGGGACUCUUACAUUGCUUGGGAGAAUAUGAACGGUAACUUGAAGGCAGUCACUGGCAUCUAUGAGAGAUUGAUUCGCACACCUACACAAUUAUACAGUCACCACUGGGACAAUUACAAGAGACACAUCAACUCACAUCACCCCAAAGAAAUUCUAGAUAUUGACACUUUUUUGAAACUGAGAUCAGAGAUCCUCAACAAGUCCUCCAACUAUCAUAUUGAUGAUGAGGAUGAGGUAGGGCUUGACGAGGCCUUGCAAGUAGGGGACAGCAUGGAGUUGGACGCUCCUCCUGGCAUGUUGGCUACAAUGGGAGAUGAAAAAGAAGUCAAGAAAGUUCGAGUCAAAUACAUUGAGUCAAGGGAGACAAUUUUUAAACAGAAUGAAGCAGAAGUUAGCAAAAGGUGGACUUUUGAAGAGAAUAUUCGACGGCCGUACUUUCAUGUCAAACCGCUGGAGAGGGGUCAGUUAAAGAACUGGCGGGAAUAUUUAGAUGAAGAAAUUAGUCAGGGCAAUCACACUAGGAUAGUAAUUUUGUUUGAGAGAUGUAUGAUAGCCUGUGCUUUGUAUGAGGACUUCUGGAUGAAGUAUGCCAAGUACUUGGAGCAACACAGUUUGGAUGGAGUCCGCUCGGUUUAUCAAAGAGCUUGUGAUAUUCAUUUACCAAAGAAACCCUACAUUCAUUUAGCCUGGGCAGCAUUUGAAGAAAGGCAAGACAAUUACCCACUAGCACGAAAGAUAUUAAUGAAUAUUGAAAACAAUGUCCCUGGCUUGGCCAUGGUCUGCAUGAGGAGAAUAAGUCUUGAGCGGCGAAGUAAAAACCAUGAGGCAGCUGAAGAUCUAUUUCAAAGCUAUCUAGAAAAGGCAGUCAGCAACAAGACGAAAACCUUCUUCUCUAUCAAGUACGCACGCUAUCUACAGAAAGUUAUUGGUGACACAGAAAGAGCUAGAAAAGUUUUAAAUGAUGCAUUACAAAUGGAUAAUGCCAAUGAGAAAGUAUUUCUUCAACUACUUGAUGUAGAGUACCAGUCUCAACCUAUUGUUGAAGACAGAGUUAUGGAAACCUUCAGUAGGCUCCUAAAGAGUGAUGUGUCCUUAGACUUCAAAGUGAAAGUUUCACAAAGAAGAAUGGAGUUUCUAGAGGACUUUGGCACUUGCAUACAAAAGAUAUCUGAGGCCUAUGAUGAACAUCAAAAACUCGUUAAAGAAGCCAAUGCUAAAAAGAAAAGACCAGAUAAGGAAAUAAUUGUCGAAGAGCCUCCAGACAAAAAAGUCAAAAUCGAUGUCUGCGGCCCAGUAUCUAUACCACCUGCUCCUGUUGAUCACAAUAUGCCCCCACUACCACCUGUUGGUCCGCCACCACCUGACCCACACUAUGGGUAUGCACCCUGGCCUAGUGCUGCCUAUGGGGCACCAAUGCAGCCUAACGCUUACCCAGGAUACCCUUACCCUGCUUACCCCUCCGGCUACAACUACUAUGGAUAUUAAAUCAAUUAGGCAACCAACCUAAUGGCUCAUCAUGUGAUUGAAAGAUAAGAUCUGUGAUGAAGGGACAGUUCACAACUACAUGAAAGUUUAGGAGCAGCAGUGACACCAAGAGUCCAGUCCUCUGUGUUCAAUUUGUUGGCUACUCAUUGAGCUCUUCCCAGUCCCUUAAGAAUUUAAAUUAUGUCUUUCUACUCUCAUGUUCUAUUUCAGGUCAACCUUUAAAUAUACCCCGGUAUAUAGAUAUUUUUUUAAAAUGAUUAUUACAAGUAUACUUAGAUUUUUGUUUUUCUUUGUGUUACUUGACUUCUAUCAAAAUUUUGUUGUUUCACUACUUCGGGGAAAAGUAUGAUACAUUACUUUAAAAUCUUCUAAUUAAACAUGCAGUGGGAUGAUUGAAACCAAAUCAUUAUUGUGCUAAGCCUAUUAAGUAGACAAAAUGCUAUUGAUUACUUACAUAAAAUGAGGACCUGUGUUUUAUUAAGUUUUGACCUCUUUUCCUUGUGUGUAGUAAAUCUGAUUUCUUUACCAUUUGAUAAAUAUAGCUUGAUAAGUUAUUUGAUCUUUCAGGACUAUUUUUUUUUUUUUUUUAUUAUGCAAUAUUACAUGCUCAUAAACAAAACUGGUAGUUUAUUGAUUUAGGUUAUACAAUUUUUAAUUUAUACAGAGAGGAUACACAGAGAAAAAUGACUAUACCCUUUAUUUUCCCAACUUGUUUAUGUUUUUGACAUAAUCCACUAAAUGCAUGUCAUGGUGUAAAAGGUGAAAAUAUUGAUGAGCUAUUAAGCAAGAGUUAUCAAGCACCUCUCACAAAAUACUGUUCAUAGUCUUGAAAAUAUGUUCACAGAAAUUUAAUGACAUCAUAACCUUAAGUAGAAAUGGAAAUGAUUUUUUUCUAACUGUAUGAUUAUCAAGACUUGAAUACAUUUGAGCUGACUUAGUGAAUGGUGUAGAGAUGGAAAGAGAGGAAGCUAUUACUUUAGACUUGCUCACUUUGCUAUUUCAAGACCAGAAAUGUUGAAGUGUAAAUGUUUCUAUUCAUAUUUAUUUAUACAUUUAUUUCAGUUUUAAAUCAAUAAUAAAUGUUACAAUUGAC